CAGGCAUCCAACCUGGAGAACUCAAGUCGCAGCAGGAGUCCAACUGAAUGGAAGAAAAUAGCUUUUAAGCACCCCUUUGUUACUUACAGAAAGUCCAAGGAAGACAUCGUGAUAUUGUUCUGUUAGAAAUGGAGGGAAGUCCUUCCCCUGCCUCCCUCCCAAGGUUUCUGAGAUGUAGACCUGCACACCUCCCAGGACUCAAUGCUGAAGUUCUUACUGGCAUGACAGCAGGCUAGUGGCUCCCUUCCCUUUCACUCCCCUGGGCCACCUUCCCGUCAGUGCUGGGGUGUCCUUUGAGAUUGAGGAGAGGCCCCUUCUUCCCAGCCGCCCAUCCCUCCAUCAGCCUGGGUGAGAACUUUGUGGAACACAAGCCAACCAGGAGUUUGAAUAAAGAAUUCCACGAUGCCUCAAGGUCAUCUUUGUUCUCUGUGUCUUCUUAUACUUUAUUUGACAACUGGAUAUGGCCAAGAGAGCAAGUUUAGUGGACCCCUGAAACCCAUGACAUUUUCUAUUUUUGAAGGCCAAGAAUCAAGUCAAAUCAUAUUCCAGUUUAAGGUCAAUCCUCCUGCUGUGAAUUUUGCAUUAACUGGGGAGACAGACAACAUAUUUAAGAUAGAGCCAAAUGGACUUCUAUAUCUCACUAAAGCCCUGGACAGAGAAACAAGAUCUAUUCACAAUCUCCAGGUUGCAGCUCUGGAUGCUAAUGGAGCUAUAGUAGAAGGCCCUGUCCCCAUCACCAUAGAAGUGAAGGACAUCAACGACAACCGACCCAUGUUCCUCCAAUCCAAAUAUGAAAGCUCAGUAAGGCAGAACUCUCGCCCAGGAAAGCCCUUCAUGUACGUCAAUGCCACAGACCUGGAUGAUCCAGCCACUCCCAAUGGCCAGCUUUUUUAUGAAAUUGUCAUCCAGCUGCCCAAGAUCAACAAUGUCAUGUACUUUCAGAUCAACAACAAAACUGGGGCAAUCUCACUUACCCGAGAAGGAGCUCAGGAAUUGGAUCCUAUUAAGAACCCUUCCUACAGUCUGGUGGUCUCAGUGAAGGACAUGGGAGGCGAGAAUGAGAAUUCCUUCAGUGACACCACAUCGGUGCAUAUUAUGGUGACGGAGAAUAUUUGGAAAGCACCAGGACCUGUGGAGAUAGUAGAAAACUCAACGGAGCCUCACCCCAUCAAAGUCACUCAGGUGCGGUGGAAUGAUCUUGGUGCACGUUAUUCCCUAGUGGACAAAGAGAAGCUGCCAAGAUUUCCAUUUUCGAUUGACCAGGAAGGAGACAUUUAUGUGACUCAACCCUUGGACCGGGAAGAAAAGGAUUCAUAUAAUUUUUAUGCAGUUGCAAAGGAUGAACAAGGACAACUACUUGCAAAGCCUCUGGAGAUUCAUGUAAAAGUUAAAGACAUUAAUGAUAAUCCACCUACAUGUCCAUCUGCAGUGACUGUAUUUGAGGUCCAGGAGAAAGAACCGCUGGGAAACAGUAUCGGGAGUUUUACUGCCUAUGACAAGGAUGAAAAAAAUACUGCCAAUAGUAUUUUAUUCCACAGAAUUGUGGAGCAAACUCCUCACAUUCCUGAGGAUGGACUCUUCUUGGUCGAAGCCUACACAGGAAAGUUCCAAUUAGCUAAGAGAUCCUUGAAAAAGCAAGAUACUUCUCAGUACAACUUAACAGUAGAGGUGUACGACAAAGAUUUCCACACCUUCUGUGCUGUGCAAAUCAACGUUAUUGAUAUCAAUGAUCAGAUCCCCAUCUUUGAAAAAUCAGAUUAUGGAAACCUGACCAUUCCUGAAGACACAAACAUUGGGUCCACCAUCUUAACCAUCCAGGCCACUGAUAACGAUGAGCCGCUUACUGGGAGUUCUAAAAUCCUGUACCGCAUCACAGAGGGAGACAACGAGGGACGACUGGGGGUUGACACAGAUCCCCACACCAAUGCUGGAUAUGUCAUAGUCAAAAGGCCUCUUGAUUUUGAAACAGCAGCUGUUUCCAAUAUUGUGUUCAAAGCAGAAAAUCCUGAGCCUCUAGUUUUUGGUGUAACAUACAACGCAAGCUCCUAUGCCAAGUUCAAGCUUAUUGUGACAGAUGUGAAUGAAGCACCCAUAUUUUCCCAACAUGUAUUCCAAGCAAGAGUGAGUGAGGCUGUGACUAUAGGCACAAAAGUGGGCAACGUAACUGCCAAGGAUCCAGAAGGUCUGGACAUCAGGUAUUCACUGAGAGGUGACAGGAGAGGUUGGCUUAAAAUUGACCCUGUCACUGGUGAGAUCUUCAGCACAGCUCCGCUGGACAGGGAAGCUGAGAAUGUGUAUCAGGUACAAGUGGUGGCCACUGAAGUAGGUGGGUCCUCCUUGAGCUCCAUGUCGCAUUUCCACCUGACCCUCACGGAUGUGAAUGACAACCCCCCGCGGCUAGUCAAGGAGUACACGGGCUUGUUCUUCUGCUACCCCCUCAGUGCACCUGGAAGCCUCAUUUUCGAGGCCACUGAUGAUGACUGGCAGUUUCCUCGGGGUCCCCAGUUUACAUUUUCCCUCGGCAGUGAAAGCUUACAAAAAGACUGGGAAGUGUCCAAAAUCAAUGGUACUCACGCCAGUCUCUCCACCAAGCACACAAGCUUUGAGGAGAGCAUUUACGAAGUCCCUAUCCGCAUCAAUGAUGGGGGUCGGCCACCCUUGGAAGGCAUCGUCUCUUUACCAGUUACUGUCUGCAGGUGUGUGGAGGAAAGGUGUUUCCAGCCAGCAGAUCGUCAGCCUGGGAUGCCCACUGUGGGCAUGGCGGUCGGUAUACUGCUGACCACGUUUCUGGUCAUUGGUAUAAUCUUAGCAGCUGUGUUUAUCCGCAUCAAGAAGGAUAAAGGCAAAGAUAAUGUUCAAAGUGCUCAGACAUCUGAAGUUGAACCUCUGAGAAGCUGAGUUUGAAAAGGAAUGUUUGAGUUUAUAUACCAAGUGCUGUUUCAAUAACAAUUGUCAAAUCCUAAGAUAUUACUUUCAUCCAACAUACGCCUUAUAACUUUUUACAGAUAUUUCCUCUUGCCCUUUAAUAUUUGUAUUUUACUACUCUUAGAUAGUUCAUGUGCUACCGACCUUAGAGAUAUUUUUCAUUUUCCCACAACAUUUUUUCCUCUCUGUAAAAGCCUUACCAAAAAUAUAUGUGUUUUCUCCCUUUGGGAAAAGAUGGGCUGAUUAAGUAUUCUGUAUACUUUUUUCCUAUCAUCAAGGAGAGAUCGGCUGUCUACCACAGAACUUCCUGGAUUCCAUUUGUGCUUUUUCUGCUCUUAUCCUGUGUCCCUUCAUCCAUGCCUCCCUUGGUAGUUCACUGAAUUUAGAACAUUUCUCAGAGAAGAGAACAAAGUGGAGUGUCAGGGGGAAAAAAAGAACAGCCUUGUCCUUUACUAUGAACAGACAUGCUUCUGUGUUACUAACCUUUAACUCCAGAAUGGCACAGACCUCCAGAAGGUAUUCAGACACAGCCGCCUGUUUCCACACAGGGCUCCUUCAGAAGCCUUGGUGCAGGAAGCAACCAGCUGACUGGGCUCACUCACCACCUACCAUGCUUACAUGCCGCGCAUGUUUUAUUUGUAUAUUAAUAAAGUUUUGGUUAUUAUAUAUUUAAUGUAUGAAGGAAAAUAAGCAUGAAAGAAGUAGAGACCAAAAUUCAAGAAUAAAUAUUGGCUGUUUUUGUUUCACUAAUCUCUUUGCUUCCUGGUUCUUUGCAUUUGUGGAGAGGAAGAACAAUGGUUACUGAAUGUUUAUCAAAAUUGCCUCCUGUGUAGCAUUAACCCAAGAAUAGAAGUGUACAAUAAGAUAUAGUGGGCCGAGGUGUUCUAUGUAGGUACAUCAGGAAUUUUAAAAAUUUAAAUAUGAAACAUUACAGUCUCCUUAGAUAUUUUAACCAGGAGCAAGAACUCCGCUGGGGAAGGAUGCUCAUAUAACAACUGCUAAAGUGGGCCAUGAGGUUGUGGUUUCAUAAAUAAUUUUUUUGUGAUGCUCUAUUGUCUUUUUGAAAGAAAAAAGUCAAUCAAAAUACCAGUUUUUUAGACCUCAGUAUUGUUUCUUGUAGAGUGUUAGACUGUGCUUCAAACCACGUCACCUGUUGUUUCACCUGGGGCUCAUCAGGAGCUCCACAGUGGGGAAGGUUCUCUCCUGUCCCACCUUACAUUAAAAAACCAAACCAAAAACAUCCAAAAGCAAAUUGACUUGACUAUACUCCAAACUGAGAAAUAGCACAGCUGUAAAAGCAGCUCUUUAGGUAUUUUACUUGUAAAUUUUUACCAAAGUGACAUGAUAUUCAGGUCACUUCAAAUUGCAUUAUUAUUUGCUCUUCUCAUUUUGUGGAAAUCUUAUCUUUACUAAAAAACUGAGGCAGUCCUGCUGAGGCAGACUGAGGGGGUCUCUCCUGCUUCAAUCCAUGUUAUCCUCUCUGGACCAACUGGUGUCACCUGAAAGUAUACUGUUCACACAGAAUUUUCAUUAA